UUAGCGCCACUAAUCCUAGUGUGUACUCAGACAUGACCCCACUGGAGUGCUGCCUGUGCUAGUAUAUCCUUUAAUGCAUCAUCUGGAUGGGGUGAUGUAUUGUGCCCAGACUCAGUCCUUUGUUCUGCAGGAUUUCCUCCCACCACCAGCGGGAGGAAUAACGUUCCCUCAGAUCACCUUGUUGUCGGUGAUCCUCCUGACUUCAUACGCCUAGAGGAAGCAGAGGCUUCUGCCUUCUUGUGUGCUGUGCUACUGAGAAUAGAGUCCCGCAGCCGAGAGCCGAGGAAGCAGCCGCAGCAGCUCCCGCUUGAGCUCGCAGGCGGAGGUCGCUGCUGGGGAGGAGUGUGUGGAAGGAGCUCUGCGGGGCCUGCCCACUGCUGAAGGGAGGCGGGGGGAGAAAGGAUGAGCAGCCAUCUGGAGGAGAGGCUCAGGGAAGCGGCUGCUCUAGGCGACCUACAGGAGGUACAGGCGCUGCUCCGCUUGGGGGUGGAGGUGAAUGCUCAGAACGAAAUCAAUGGCUGGACAUGUUUGCACUGGGCUUGCAAACGGAAUCACACUCAAGUAGUUGCUUAUCUGCUGGAUUCUGGAGCUGAUAAGGAAAUUUUUACAGACACAGGAGAGCUGGCAGUGCAAUUAACGUCAAAGAAAGAAAUCAGGAAGAUUCUGGGAGAUGAAAUAGAAGACAGUAAAGAAGUGAAUGAUUUGAAGCUGCCAGCUCCUUCUACCCCUCUGACAAAUGUGCCAUUCCCUUGCACCUACAAUCAAGAAAGGAACAGUCUCCAAGAUACCUCAGCACUCCCUCAGGAUGCAUACAUCCCUAUCUCUCCUCUAUCUAGGGGUGAACCCAGCCCUUGCAGACCUGCCAUAUUGCCCAAUGAAACUGAACUCCCUGGGGAAGACCGCCGUGAAGGGGAGCUCGCUUCUCCCACUAGCACAGGAGCGUCAGAACACGUAAAGCCUCAAGUCCAGAAUUGCCCUGUUUCUUCCUCACCUGUGUGUCUCAACAGAGCUCUUUUUACCCCAGCUGCAUCUAGACAACAUGUACCUCAUCAAGCACAGCCACUGCUCCUUACAGGAACUUUCCCAUAUAAUAUGCAAGAAUUGGUGCUUAAAGUAAGAGUUCAGAAUCCUAAUGAGAAUGACUUCAUUGAAAUUGAACUGGACAGACAAGAGCUGACUUACCAAGAUCUGCUUAGAGUGAGCUGUUCUGAACUGGGGGUUAACCCUGAACAAGUAGAGAAGAUUAGAAAGCUACCCAAUACGCUAGUAAGAAAGGAUAAAGAUGUUGCCAGGCUCCUCGAUUUUCAAGAGCUGGAACUAGUUUUGGUGAGAAAUAUCAGUUCUUUCAGAAGUGCUGCAUCAACACCACUGGAAAGACCUUGCUACAACACUACAGCAGCAAAGCUAACAUAUUGAAGCAUCGACAAUUCACACGUGGACCCACUGAGGAACAGAAGUCUUGUUGCCCCGCGGAGGACUAGCAGCCAGUCCAAUAAGUUUAUCUUCUGUGCUAUGUAGAUACGAUAGACCUCAACAGCCCUAUUAGUGGAUAGAAUGUGUGCAUUCCCCUGGAAGUGUUUUAGGAUUGCUUUGAGUUUGGACAGAUGAAGGUGAAGGGGUUUUGGGUUUUUUGCAACUAUUAAGAUGAACCAAUACAAUGACAACUGCGUCUUCAGGGUGCAUACACUAUAGUUGCAUCUUGGAUCUGAUAAGCAGAGCUCAUAAAAUAAUUAUAUGUAGAAUUGCUUGUUGCAUGGAAUAUCUACAAGAAGAAAGUAUGUUCCUUGAGUUUCUUAAAGAUGGUCUUGAUUGAAAAAGUAAAAUAGACAGAUCACAUGUACACCAUAAAUGCUAUCUGCCAGAGUGAACAUUAAUUAGCUAUAACUGACCAAGUAAAAGAAAUUCCCAGCAUAUAGUUAACAUGUGGCCAGAAUAGGGACAGCCCAGGGCUGGGGAUGGGAGAACGUGACAAAUUUUACCUACUAUUUAGCGGAUUGAUAGCACACAGGUAUUAAUUAAUCUCUAUGAAGUAGUAUUCAUUGCCUUUUUCUAGUGCCAUUUGUUCAUCUUUACCACUAUUAUUAUUAAUUUGAUUUCUAUACCGCCCUUCCAAAAAUGGCACUAGCCUAAGAUACGAGACACUUUAUCAUAAAAAUCCCAAUUAACCAAGGCAAUGAGGAAAAGUUGCUUAAAAAUUUCAGUUCCUUACUAACAAAUGCAGUGGAACUUAUCACUUAUCUGAACUUUUCAUUUUCAUUUUCUUCAGAAAAGUCUAUGUGUAAUUAACUGAAUGUAUUCAAAGCACAUGUUGUCAAAUAUAUUAAGGGACCUACAAUAUGGACCGAUAUUCAUGCAGCUGCUUAACAAUGACUAAUAAAUGUCUGAGUAAUGCUAAGGUGAUGCAGAAGGAAAUUAAAUAGUAAGUGCAUCCACAAAGAAGUUCCUGAAGGCCAAGUGGGAAGGGGGGGGACGACCAAGAUUCUAUUGUAGUAAAAAAAACCCUGAAACAGCAGCUUCUAAGCUCAUAUGCAGAGUGAUUGAGUCCAUAUAGAACGGGAGGGAUGAGAGAGUUCAUGAAUUUGUGGAUAAGUAUGCUAAUUUUCUCACAUUUUAGUUGAACUGUUAUUUUGGUAACUGACAUGUGAAACUUAGAUCUCUGGAACAGUUACCUCCUCUAUCAGUGUUUAGGUAACAAAUGUCAACUAACACUUCAUGUCAUUAACACUAAGUUACAGAUCAGCUAUGUUCAAACUC